AUGUUUCUGUGCAACCACCACAACCCUCAAAUCAAUUUUCAGAGAGGGUUCGACGCUAUGUCAUCCACUUCGGCUCGGGUAUGCCCAUACUCUAUGGUUUCCUAUGAUGAACACGAUGAGGCAAUCGUGCGACUUCUUGCCAUGCCUGUCACAGAUCAAAUUAUCCAUUAUGUUGCGUGCAAGCUUACGGGUGCUGUUAAUACUCUAGGGAAUCGCCAUCUGCCAACGCCUCCGGUGACUCCUAUUCGAGGCAAAUUCGCUUUGAACAGUGCUCCUUGUUCUCCUGAGUGCGAAUUUCCUCCGCUUGAGAUAUUCCUCAAGGACUUGGUGGCACGUUCGCACAUUCAUACAGCGUCAGUAUUGGGCAGUAUGAUUUACUUGAAGAGGAUAACGAAGUGCCUCCAAUCGGGUAACAUGAAGCAUGGCCCUGAAACGCCUUACCGGCUGGCUGUGGCAUUAUUUACAGUAGCAAGUAAAUACAGUCAUGAUGUCUCUCCUUCGACAGCACAUUGGGCAGGGUACACAGCAGCGGCUCUUGGUAUUUCGUCACUCGUAGAAUCGACAUCUCACCAUCGUUCACGUAGUUCUAAAAUAUCCAAAGAGAAAGCGCAAUGCAUUCAACCGGCCGAAUCAGCCUCACUUGGAUAUCUGUUUGGACCAGACGCGACUGCUGCACUGGAGCGAGAUGUCUUGUUUCUCUUGGAUUUCAAUAUGCGCUUCGACGAAGAAGAUCUACGCGACUGCCUGAAUGGUCUGAGUUCUCACGAGCGCGCAGAAGGACCGCUAAAGCGACUCCGACUAGGCCAGGGACGGCCAAAGCCCUGGCCGAUGGAAAGGUAUUCUCUGUCGGUCAAAUCAAGCUCCGCACCUAGGAGUACUGUCAAAUCUGGCGGUGGGGUGGCCGAAGGUUCGAGAAAGGCCUUUAUACCGUCACCUAUCACCCUUGGAUAUCAGAAAAAUACUUCACUUGCAUCUCCCCCAUGUACCCCUGUUCGUGGAGUGCUAGACAAAGAACACACCAUAGAGAAGAGCUUUCCCGCUACAAAUAGCUCAAAACUCAACCAAAGGGCCAGGCCUUUGCUAGAAGUGAAUACGAGUCCUCAAGCCGCAUGGAUUAACUCGCAUUUUCUUGGACCGUUACAUCACACUCCAUACCCACAACUCAACCCUGAUAUGAAUGCCAGUUACUUAUCAAGGCUAAUAGAUAGAUCCGAGCUUAAGAGCACGAUCGCCCCAAUUGGUGUACCCUCUGCUCCGCCUUCAACACCAAUCGCGGGCGUCAAGUCACUUCCUUUUAUUUACGGCGGGGAUAUCACCAGUCCAGAGCUUUCGUCGCUUGUAGUGGAUACUCUUGUUGCUGCUCCGGAUAAGGAUUCACCGUGGACGCGCGGCCAAGUUGGAGAAACCCUUCGCGAAACAAUGGCUCACCAAGCUCGGCAGCUCGCCUCUUUGUCCAGGAAGGAGAAUCGGGAUAUUACAUUGCUCAACACGCCUUCGUUUGUCCCAAUAUUCGGCUCUGGACUGCUAUACAAGCAAGAUGCGGGACAGUCAUCUAUCGAGCCGGCACGGAUGGCCAAGCUAACAAUUUCAGACCUCCGAUGGUACUAUGCGCUGAAACGGCCGAUUCCAACCGACAUGUUGGAUGGAGAGCUCACCAGGGAUCUAAAGGCUGAGUUACUAAGGCUUGGAAUUCCCGUGUCUCAAGAGAGCCAUGAUGGAAUAUCUAUUGACACAACUGUAGAGAGAAGCCAUCCAGUCGCACUUGCUCUUGGAUCAUCCGCACCAUCAUCAUCACCAGCUCACGUCCGUCCAAUUCUCAAGGCCACGCUCGAUAAACGCAUAUACUGUCACGUCCGAGGACGACACUACAAGGCGGUUAUAGAUUCUGGACCGGCUGACCUUUUGAACACCCGCUGGGAUAAGAAAUUGCAAGCCGAGCUGGAAGCAAAGGGACUGAAUGAGUGCGAGCAACAAUUCAAGACCACCGCGCCCCUUCGAUUGGGCAAAAACAAGGACACGAUCAAUCGACGGAUCAGGCACAUCGACGAGCGUUUGCCCCUGGAGGGCGAGAAAUCUGCUCGACGAGCUGCAAUUGGCGAAAGCAUGGUAGACCGAACUGUGGCAGAGCUCCCGGAUUCAAGGCUCGAUCAAAAGUAUUGUCAUGUCGACCGAAUGGCUGGGCUUCAAGAAUCAGACACUGGGGUUAGUUUUGUCCCGGCCCCUGGGAAGGUUUCGGUAAAGGAGCCGGAAAACAUUGGGUGGUUAAGUAGGCUGUUGGGCGGGUCCCAUAGCAGGUGUAGCGACUUGACCAAGGACUAA